UUGUGUCGAUUUUGCUCCAUUUCUCGCAUCCGAUUAUCUGAAUCUGCGAUUUGGGUUUUGGAGACGGGGCACGCCUGAAUCUCCUUCUAGAAUUUCCAUUUCCGAGUCCAGGAAUCGGUUAUGGAUGAACCUGAAUCAUCUUCAGAAAUUAUAUCGGAUACUAAAAGAGGGAAGGCUAUAGUCGAUGUCUCUAACGGGAUCGAACAUAUCGGAGAAGACCUCCUGCAUAACGUCCUCUCUAGGCUUCCGGCCACAUCCUUUGCAUCAGCUGCAUGCAUUAACCGCUCAUGGAAUCGUAUUUGCAAUCGCAUCCUUUCUCGCCCUAAGAUGGUUUCUGCCAUUUCUACCACGGGUUCACUAACGGUUGAUGUGACAAGGGUGCUCGAAAAAGUUCUUCAGGAACCAAUUCGACCACAUUUUGCUAUUGUUUCUGUUAGUCCUUUGUAUAGUUUGACCACAGUUCAUCAGCUUAUAACACAGAAAUUUGGCCCAAAUACUGCGGUGGUUACUUCUGAAUCGACUGGAAUCAUGGGAACUGACUGUUCUUUGAAUACAUUUACAGAAAUCCAGUGGAGAGUAUUCAAUAUGUGGGAUAAUAUGGAUGAAGCAGUUCCAUCUGUCUCUGAUCAAUUAAAAUAUGGAAUCAUGCUAGCUGUGGGCUAUGUUCCUGGACUGAAAGUUAGCGCCAUCGCACUGAAGAAAACUAAGGCUCCUUUGAUUGACAAUUUUGUGAUGGAUAUAAAGAACUAUGUCGCUUCUGUUUCAAAUAAUGAGCCUCCCGCUGGAAUUAUAAUGUUUGGCGCUCCUGGAGCCGGCAUGAAACUUGUUCUCUCUACAUUGGAUAAUGCCAUGCCCUUGGAAACACCCAUUAUUGGUGAUGAGAGCUGCCGAUUUAUGCACAGUGUCAAAAGCACCACUGGGAGUUAUCGUAAGGAUUAUGUUGGUGUUGCCCUGGUAUUCGCACGUGACAAAGACAGACCUCGUGGUAUUGGUGAAAUUGAAUUCCAUGUUUCUCUAUCAACUGGUCUGUCAGCUGUGGGGCCUAUGUACACAGCAGUUUCUGUUAAAGAGAGAUGCAAGGUUUGUUCUACGUGGCUUACUGCAAGAAGAGAAGGAGAUGCGGAACUUCUUGAUGGAUGUCGAAUGAUAUGUGACACUAAUGAUGAGAUUGGCGAGUUUAAUGAAUAUCCUGUUUUAUACAUUGGGGUAACUAAACGAAGAAAACACACUGUUGGGUUGGGGGAUGUGAGGUGGGUAACUUCCUUGGAGUUUCAUGAAGUAACAGGAGGAGAUGACGAAUACCUAUUUGUAGAUAGCAACGGAAUUAAAUCCUCAGACACUUUCCAAUUCUACUGCUCAGAUGCCAAUACUGCUCUAUCUACUUGUCUCAAUGUCUCAGAAACCUUAAAACGCGAGAAGCUUGAAUGGGGGAAUUCUUCUAUGAACAAGAAGGAAGCAUUUGGAGGUUUCGUUUUCGCUUGUUCUGGCCGUGGGGAUUCAUUCUUCGGAGGCCUUAAUCAGUAUCAAAACCCUAGAAUUGAUAGCUCUCCCAUGGUAGAGAAUUUCCCUGAAAUUCCAUUAUGCGGAAUUUACUGUGGUGGUGGGGAAAUCGCACGGAGCACUUCUGAAAGUUAUAUAAAACCGGGGGAUGAAACUACAAGUGAGCAUUUGCGUACCUGUCUGCAUGCCUUUAGUUCGGCUUACCUAGUUAUGACAUAUAAUGUUCAACCUUUUGAAGAAUAGAUCGUUCUUUUUGCUUGUUUUUGGAAAAAGCUAGCACAAUGGAGAUGCCAACUGUAGUUGCGGUUUUAAAUGUUACUUUUAAUAUACACUUUAUGUGAUAUGCUUAUUCUACCUUAUGACUAAACUAAGAAUCAGAUGCUGUAUUGUUUUUGAAAUGUUUUUAUUGAUGGUAAACAUUUGGAUAGAUAUCUCUUUUAAGGUCAAACAAUCUAAAGAUAGUUGACAAAA